AUGCGACACUCUUUUUUCCCAUUUUCUCCAACGGGUUCAAUCGUUAUUCUCUUCCUACUUCUAGUUUCUCAUGUUCGUGCGAGAGCGGUCUUUGCUCAUUUCAUGAUAUCUAACACGGAAGGCUACACAGUCGAUGACUGGGAGUCUGAAAUGGCCCUGGCUGUCGAGGCAAAGAUCGAUGCGUUUGCACUCAACAUCGCUGCGGAUCAGGAUGUGAAUACUGCUUCCGUAGCAAAUGCUUUCCUCGCUGCUGAAAAUGUCGGCUUUUACCUUUUCUUUUCCUUUGAUUAUGCUGGAAAUGGCGCCUGGGCUAAAGCUGAUGUAAUAAACUACAUCAACACUUAUAAAUCGCCAGAUGUCUACUUUUAUUACAAUGACAAACCUUUUGUGUCCACGUUUGAAGGCCCUGGCAACGCAGAAGAUUGGGUGGAUAUCAAAUCAGAAACAGGUUGUUUCUUCAUACCAGACUGGUCAUCACUUGGAGCCAUGGAAGCAAUGGAGCAGGCUGAUGGUGUCGCGGAUAUGGACACAUACACUGAUGCGUCCUAUAUUAACUACCUUGAGGGCAAGCCCUAUAUGAUGCCUGUUUCUCCAUGGUUCUUCACCAACAUGCCGGGCUAUGACAAGAAUUGGCUUUGGCGAGGAGAUGGCAUGUGGUUCGAUCGGUGGAAUCAAGCGUUAUUUGUUGCGCCCGAAUUCAUUGAGAUUAUUUCCUGGAACGAUUAUGGCGAAUCACACUAUAUCGGUCCGAUCAAAUCAUCGGAUGAUCCACUGGCCAACCAGACAUAUACCGCCUUUGAUACCGGACUGGCGCCUUACAAUUAUGUCCUCGACAUGCCGCAUGAUGGAUGGCGCGCUUUCCUUCCCUAUGUUAUUGAAACAUACAAAAACAACAUAUCUACCAUUACCCAAGAAGGUGUGACUGGCUGGUAUCGUCUGAAUAAAGCUGGAGCCUGCUCCUCCGAUGGAGGAACCACUGGUAAUACAGCCAAUGAGCUUCAGAUUGAGUACUGGCCUUACGAGAUCGUGCAAGACAAGAUCUUCUACUCUGCUCUUCUCGGAUCUCAGGCCGAUAUCACCGUCUCUGUUGGUGGCACUGACCUUGGGGCCUCAUGGACCGCAACCCCCAGUGGUGAUAUCGGAAUUUAUCAUGGCAGCGUAUCGUUCUCUAGUCAUUCAGGUGCGGUGACCAUUACCAUUAGCCGUGGUGGUGCCACGAUUGCCAGCAUAGACGGCCAAUCGAUUUCUUCCGGUUGCGCUGCUGCUUCCGAUAUCGAAAAUUGGAAUGCCUGGGUUGGGAGCAGUAUGUCCUCUAGCACGAUCAGUGCAACUCCGGCUACAUCCCUUUCCAAUGAGACAUGUAUCGAGGGUUGGGGCGCUGGCAAUUUUCUCGGGCUCUGCUCCGCGGCCUGUUCUUGGGGGUACUGUCCGAUCACUGCAUGUGUUUGUUCCAAACUCGGCCCGCCCCCGACUGUACCGGAAGAGACCGGAGUCGAUGGCUAUCCGAUCUCUGGCGAAGAUGCAAGCUACAGCGGACUGUGCUCAUUUGACUGCAACCAUGGCUACUGUCCGAGCACUGCGUGCGGUACUGUCGAAGUAACUCUUACGGUUCCCACUGUAUCCGACUUCGCUGCCGAAGCAUGCACGGCUGGUGAGGGUACUGGCGACUUCGUAAAUCUUUGCGCCUUUGGAUGCGCACAUGGCUAUUGUCCCAUUCAUGCUUGCAACUGCACCGCGACUGGGGCGCUCGACCUUUUCUCUGUGGUCAACAGCAGCGCCACAGCCCAUCUGGUCUCUGGCGAUGACGAUUAUGGCCUGUGCGACUUUGCCUGCGAGCGUGACAGGUGCUAUGACCAGUGCGAGCUUGGAGAAUCCUACUCAGAGAGUGAUGAGCUCUCCUGUACGGACGAUGACACACGGUCCUGGUGUGAAGUGACGUCGCCGUGCGAUUAUAACCUGACCAUAUCCACUAUGGAAGACCUGGACGUCGAGAGCGCUUACAUGCAGGAUGAGUGCAUUCCCUAUUACAUGUUGACAGUUUUGUACAACUUGGUUGACGAAGUGGUGGCCAACUAUACGGAGAUCAUGGCCGACAAUAAUUACAACAAGACCUUUAAGUAUUACAAGGAAUACGUCGAGAACAACAUUACCUCCAGCCUCGCUAGUGUCAUGGAAUGGGCACCUGCCGGCCCGGGCCUCUCUUACUUUGACUGUGUCAUCGAAUGGAAGGGCAAGAACGAGUCCGCGACCAGCUGUCCCAACUACAGCGCUACCGGAGUCUUCAGUGUGUACUACGAGGUCAAGAACUCCACGGAAUUCGAGGAAAUGUUGCUGGAGGACUACGGCAUCCAGCCGGACUGGUUCAAGUACGGUGUCGAGAAGGAUUCCUACCUCUGUGAUGGAGAAAGCAUCCUAGCCCCUUCGUGCCAUGAUUCUGUCGUCACAUACUACAACAUACCCCAGAAGGCCGACUACGUCAAUAUCACCGACCCUCGGGUAGUGGUCGAGAAAUCCCUACCUAAUCUCGACAACCUGCAGGCCAACAUCCUCGCGGUACAGCUGCAGAUCUUGCUGGGGUCUUGGCCCGGGUUCACGGACGACAUCGUGCAGAGCAUCUCCCUGGCAGUGGAGCUUCUCCUCCAGGCAGUCAGUUCCAUGCAAGAAGUUGUGGCAAUCGGGAAAGCAGAAGAAGCCUGGAAGAAAAAGGAAAUGAUUGAGGAUAUCAUCAGCGCUAUCUUCCUGGUGAUUCCUUUCAUUGGCGAGGCAGAUGCCAUCAGUGAUGUGUUCCUGGAUGUAUCUCGAGUUGCGACAGUCGUUGGAGACACCGCUAUCGUGGCUGAUAGUAUCUAUGAGAUUGUUGAGGACCCCGAUAAUCGUGUUGCUACUAUUUUGUCAACUCUGCUUCUGGUUGGGCAGCGCUCCGCAGAGGAAUACGGGACUAUGGCAGCAGCUCGGCGAGAUAUACCGGAUGAGACUAUUGAGUCUCUCGGGCCUGUUUUCAAGGAGAAGAAUACUCAGGUGGAGAAUUUAGUCAAGGACUGUGCUGCUGCUUAG